CAAUGGGAGGGCGGCGGGGGCGGGGCCGCGGCGACAGCGGCGGCAAGGGGGGUGAAAUUUCUCGAAGGUACGGCGGCCGCGCCGGGCCGGGCCGGGCGCGCAGCGGGGCCGGCGGCGGGCGGCCCUGGGCACGCCGGGGCGGCGAGCGCGCUGGGGGCAGCGGCGGGCGGCGGCCCCCAGCGCCGCCGCCACCACCAUCACCAUCAUGAACCACAAGAGCAAGAAGCGGAUCCGCGAGGCGAAGCGUAGCGCCCGGCCCGAGCUGAAGGACUCGCUGGACUGGACCCGCCACAACUACUGCGAGACCUUCCCGCUCAGCCCCGCCGCCUGCAAGGAUAACGUAGAGAGGGCAGAUGCACUCCAGUUAACGGUGGAAGAAUUUGUUGAGCGUUAUGAAAAACCUUACAAGCCUGUAGUCUUGCUGAACGCUCAGGUGGGCUGGUCUGCCCAAGAGAAAUGGACUCUGGAACGUCUCAAACGCAAGUAUAGGAACCAGAAGUUCAAAUGUGGUGAGGACAACGAUGGUUAUUCUGUGAAGAUGAAGAUGAAAUACUACAUAGAGUAUAUGGAAACCACGCGUGAUGACAGCCCACUCUACAUCUUUGACAGCAGUUACGGAGAGCAUCCCAAGCGUAGGAAACUCCUGGAGGACUACAAAGUGCCCAAAUUCUUCACUGAUGAUCUAUUUCAGUAUGCAGGAGAGAAACGAAGGCCACCUUACAGAUGGUUUGUGAUGGGCCCACCUCGUUCUGGAACAGGAAUCCACAUUGAUCCCUUGGGAACUAGUGCUUGGAAUGCCUUAGUCCAGGGACAUAAGCGUUGGUGCCUGUUCCCCACCAGCACUCCCAGAGAGCUGAUCAAAGUGACCCGAGAAGAGGGAGGGAACCAACAGGAUGAGGCUAUCACGUGGUUCAAUGUCAUAUAUCCUAGGACACAGCUACCCACCUGGCCCCCUGAAUUCAAACCCCUGGAAAUCUUACAGAAACCGGGCGAAACGGUCUUUGUGCCAGGUGGCUGGUGGCAUGUAGUUCUCAAUCUUGACACAACCAUUGCAAUCACACAAAACUUUGCCAGCUGUACCAACUUCCCUGUGGUGUGGCACAAGACGGUAAGAGGGAGGCCCAAAUUAUCACGGAAGUGGUACAGGAUCCUAAAGCAGGAACAUCCUGACUUGGCAGCCUUAGCUGAUUCAGUUGAUCUACAGGAAUCUACCGGUAUUGCUUCUGAUAGCUCUAGUGAUUCUUCCAGUUCUUCAAGUUCUAGCUCCUCAGACUCUGAUUCAGAGUGUGACUCUGGCUCUGAGACGGAGGGAAUGAUGCAUCGGAGGAAAAAGAGGCGAACGUGUAGCAUGAUGGGUAAUGGUGACACAACUUCCCAAGACGACUGUGUGAGCAAAGAGCGCAGCUCCUCCAGGAUUAGGGAAUCUUGUGGAGGCCGCACUUACCCCUGAGAGAUAACAACACCCGUCUAGAGGCAGCUGCCGUUCGAAGCUCCAUUAGCAGCCAGCCAGCUCUGUUCUACCCUCUUCUGCUCCUAUUUCUCAUGGUCCUUAAGUUUUUGUCACUUCUCUUCGAUCCAAACAUCUGUCUUCAUUGUGUACUGUCGAAGGUUGGCUCCUUACUAACUUACAGGGGAAUGCCCUGACUCUACAUGUUGUGCAAUGCUUUGUCCCCUCUGCGCCCCAAGUGAGUGCACUAAUUACCCAGCUUUGGGUAAGGACAUGCCAAGUAUUUAAUGGCUCACGUAACUGGCAAGGAAGACAACGGUCAGUUUUUAAAGAACUCUUUUUAAAAACAGCAGGUAGAUCUAGAAACCUGCCUUGCUUUGACACUGUCAUAUGUUUACAUGUUGUCCUGUACACUUGAGGAAAGGAACACCAGCCCUCCUGGCCUAUCUGAACGUCCGAUGGAUCUUGUACCAGAAUUUCAGGAAGGGAAGGUGGUAUGAAUGCUUCAAACACUGAAGUAACUUCAGUGGAGGUGUCCACCUAGCUGAAGCAUCUUUUGUGGUCUUAAUCUACAUGCAUGCAUCUAAACCAGCCUGAGUAGUUUAUAAGGUGCAACACCUUAACCAGCAACAGUCCAUUUACUUUUGCUCUGUGUCUAAGAUGAAUAGUAACAAAGAUGCACUAGCACCUUGCUACAGAAAGCUUGAGGGAACAGGAGAAUCUUGGAGUUUCUUGCACAGCAAAAAGUAGUCGGCAGUUGCCAGUAGUUACACUCCUUUAGGUGCAGGGGUGAUGUUUAUUGCUAGGCAAUAACUGACAGGUUCUGACUCUUAUAUAGUAACAACAGUUGCUGGGCUUUAAAUACCAAGCAGUUACAGUGCCAUGGGCUUAUUCAGGCCAGUGCAGUUCACACACAAAUUGUCCUUUGAGGUUGUGGGUUCAGAAGUUUCCAGAACUAGUGGUGCCAAUUUUAAAGGACUGCGAGGGGGACAUAUUGUUGUCUUACACUUUUUAAAAAUGCUGGGAUUUUUUUUAGCAGGGGCUAUGGUAGUGUCAGCAGAGAGGUUGGUCUUGCUGAAGCUGUGCUGCAGGAAAAUGGUCCUUUAUCCUCUAAUCUGCACAGCAGAGCCAGAAGCUGGCUGUGUUGGGAUACUUUCUUAGGUACUCUCCUGAGACUAAGGAGAGGACAUUAGAUCUCAUUUCAGUGUUGCUGUUUGGAAGAAGAAACUUGGAAAAGGAAGUAGUGUGCAUCUGCUAAACAUGCAGUAAUGUCCUGGUCACUUAAAAAGCAGACUGGCAACCUUAACUAUGGCUUUCUUACACGUGUUGGGUUUGAUAGAACCCAGAAUGUUGCUUGUUUGGGUUUUUCCAUUUUAACGUUUUUUAACCUUGUCUCUUCCUAUGUAGACACCCUCUCCCUUUUUAGAGACCAGGCCAUACCCUGUUGUACAAAGGAACCCUAUUUAUAUUUGUCAGGAUUUGUUUCUGAAUAUUCUGUGCUAGUGACUUCAUGUAGGAGCAGGAUGGUGGUGGGAAAUCUGAAGGAGGGAGGGUUUAUUGGUGCACUCCUUAGCUGUCCAGACUCCUGAACUUCCUGAUGAUAGGAAAUGAGCAAGCUUGCUCUGUAGACUGCUGCAGAUUCUUCCACAAGAUGACUACUGUCUAAAGAAAACUUCCCGAAUUUCCAGCACUUCUGGCCAAGGUUGCCUUUUUUUCUGCGCAGUUCAACAGCCCAGAAGCCUGUACAAAGCAUAUAGUCCUCAGCAGGUAGAGCAAGCUGCAGCUGCUGCGCUUGGAAGAGUAUAGGGUUGUACUGGCAAAGGCUCAGAAGUCUCUGCCUCUGUCAUGGCGAGAGGAGCCCUUUUUAGAGAACUGUCUACUGUUGUUUGAGCAAGGCUGCCUACUCUCUUGGUGUCUUGGCAGUUGCUGGGUAAGGUAAGAUGGCUUCUGUCGUAGCUUUCUAUUGCUUUGGGUGUGCAUGGUUACAGCUUUGCCCUCUGAAAAUCUUACGUGUGCUUGAAAGUCUGAUUGCUGUGCCAGGAAAGCCACACCUGUUCCGUCAGAAGCACAGUUGGAAGAUCCAGAAUGCAGAAUAUUCCUCUGUGCCUAUGAACUCCUCAGUAGUGUGAAAUAAAACAAUUUUAAAUUGAAGCCUGUGUUCGUUUGACAUCCCUUACUGAAAGGCAAUGUGUUUGAAAUGAACUGCAGGCAUUGUAAUACCAGCAACACUGUACUGAUUUAUCCACAAGGCACUUUCUAAUUUGAAACAAAGGUAUGUCUCUCUAGGUUACCUGGGAAUUGGGACUCCUGGGAUCUCUGGUUCUUCUGCUCACAGGCUGUGGCCUCGGCCAAACUGGUGAGCUUAUGUCUUUGUUUUAUUAGAUGGAAAAAUACCUACCUCACAGGGGUGUUGUGAGGCUGAAAUGUAAUUACUGUGUAAGAUGCUUUGAAGUCCUCCUCCUGCAGAAAGUGUUCCAGAAAUGCUAAGCAAGCUGCGACUCUCUAAACUGGCAUUAGCUUUUCCUAGCAGAAAGCGUUAGGGAGGCUGUUUAGCACUUUUGGCCACUUGGUUCUGUAGUGGCCCCUUCAGAAUCAUUGUGUAGUAUACAAAUUGUGUCAAAAGGAGGCUUUUUGUUUUCGUCAGAGUUUAACUGUUGGCAUUUUGUGGCCUAUUCUAAAGAGGACGUCCUGCUAGAUCAGGAUUUUUCUAAAUUGGGCUAGAUAAUUUCUCUUAUCAGGGAGUCAGCCUCACUGGCCUUAUAGGAAGGAGGGGGGAACUGGUCCUUCUGAGGCCCUUGUUCCAAGCCAGGUAUGUGUGGGGAUUUUAAAUAAAUAACAAUUAAAAACCAACACUGUGCUCCCCUUGUGCCUGGCUCCAUGCUCGUGGGGAGCUGAGGGAGGAGAGUGGUUUCUGUGCUCUCACUUCCCCAGGCUGAGGCAGGGGCUUGGAGCAUUGAUGUCUCUGGAUCUGCCCCCGCUGCCUGUGUGCUGCAGAGCCCCCGGAGCUCGCGGAUGUCGCAGGCUGCUGUGGUCUGCUGCGUCCAGACCCAAAGCAGCAGAGCUGCUCUGCCUCAGCCGCUUCGUCAGCCUGCCCCUUGGCGGUGCUUCGCGGGCUGGUUUAUCCCCUAGGCUGCCUUAGAGAGCUGCGUGCUGGAUUUGGACCGUGGGCUUCCUGAUCUUACCGUGCACGUCGGUGUCAUUGUCCUGCCUGCAUUGGCCAAACGUAAGGGAUUGUGAGCUCUGGCCGUACUCUUUAGUCUAGUAACCAGUACAGAUUUGUCUCCUGUGACAGUUCAGGAAUAAACUAACAAAUAUCCCAUCAGAGCUAUAGAUGUUAACACCACGCGCAUGUAUCUUGGCACCUGUUCUCUGCACAAGUGCGCUGGGGGCAGGUGACUCUGGGAAGGAAGUCCUGGCAUACCUUCCUCCCCUUUCUCACUCGGAUAGGCUGACUCCAGUUUGUCUUCUCAAUUACAUUAAGCCUCUCCAAAUGCUUAGAAAAAAGGCAGCAACCUCUUUCAUAAUUAACCUAGACCCUUUUCCUCCCUGAAUCCGCAGGCAUCGUAGGGCAGGAAGACUGUUGGUUGAAUUGUGUCCAAAAUGCCUGUGUGGGCUACUCUUAAAGUGAGUUUUUGACAUUCCCCUCAGGAGGGCAGAGGGGGGAAGGAAAGAAAGCUUACUGAUUCAUGUGACAGUCACACUGUCAGCUCUAAGCCCUGCCACUGCCAUUAGAUGCUUUUAUCACCCCAUCCAGCAGAGCUGGGAUAUUCUUAAUUGUCUUGUUUGGAUGAUUGUGUUUUUGCUUUUUAUUUUAAAUAAAAUCAAUUAUUUUGCAUUA